AUGAAGACUGCCUACACUAACGCCUAUAGAUGCCUGGCCAAGGACCUGGACGCUUACGCCAUGAACACGGAGAUGACAAUGGACAGCAUUGGCAGCUUGCAUGGCGGGGUGGCGGUGAGCUCGGUGGCCCAUGACUCGGAGCUGAUGAGCGGCCACAGCCCCCACCACGGCCGGGGGAGCUCGGUGGGGGCGCCCGGGGCGGCGGCGGCAGCGGCGGCGGCAUCCACCCUGCGGAUACACCAGGACCUGGCCGCCGCCGCCGCGUCCUCCCGUUCGGCCAUGGUGUCCAGCAUGGCCACCAUCCUGGACGGGACCGGGGAUUACCGGCCGGAGCUUUCCCUGCCGCUGCACCACGCCAUGAGCAUGCCGUGCGACACGUCCCCGCCGGGGAUGGGGAUGAGCGGGACGUACACCACGCUAACCCCGCUGCAGCCCCUGCCGCCCAUCUCCACCGUGUCGGACAAGUUCCACCAUCACCACCACCACCACCACCAGCGGCUCUCCGGGAACGUCAGUGGGAGCUUCACCCUGAUGCGGGACGAGAGGGGGCUCCCGGCCAUGAACAACCUGUACAGCCCCUACCACAAAGACCACAUGUCCGGGAUGGGUCAGAGCCUGUCCCCGGUGCUGGGGAACGGCCUGGGCUCCAUACACAGCACCCAGCAAGGGCUGCACAACUACGGCACCACGACGCACGGAGGCCAUGACAAGAUGCUGGCCGCGGCGGCCAACUUCGACGCGCACCACACCGCCAGCAUGCUGGCCAGAGGGGAGCACCAGCACCGAGGCCUCGGUGGCCCCGCGGCAGGGAUGAUGCCGCACCUGAACGGGAUGCACCACCCCGGGCACCCGGCGGCAGCUUCGUCGGGCCACCACCACCACCUCCAGUCUCCAUCCCACGGGCCCGUGUUGGCUUCCACCCGGGAAAGACCGCCCUCCUCCUCGGGGUCGCAGGGGGGGAACAGCUCGGGGCAGCUGGAGGAGAUCAACACCAAGGAAGUGGCGCAGAGGAUCACGGCGGAGCUGAAGAGGUACAGCAUCCCCCAGGCCAUCUUCGCCCAGAGGGUGCUGUGCCGCUCUCAGGGGACCCUGUCCGACCUGCUGAGGAACCCCAAACCCUGGAGUAAACUAAAGUCAGGCCGGGAGACCUUCAGGAGGAUGUGGAAAUGGCUGCAGGAACCCGAGUUUCAGAGGAUGUCGGCCCUCAGACUCGCAGCAUGCAAGAGGAAGGAGCAGGACUCGAGUAAGGAGCGCAGCAACACGCCAAAGAAGUCGCGCCUGGUCUUCACCGACCUGCAGCGGCGCACCCUGCUGGCCAUCUUCAAGGAGAACAAGCGCCCCUCCAAGGAGAUGCAGCUGACCAUCUCGCAGCAGCUCGGCCUCGAACUCACCACCGUCAGCAACUUCUUCAUGAACGCCCGCCGCCGCAGCCUCGACAAAUGGAUGGACGAGGGCGCGAGCCCCGGCGCCCAGUCCUCGGCGUCCAGCACUUGUACCAAAGCGUGA